AACUUUUAUAGAUACACAAAAGCUUUUAGGAUCAUAUAUUUCAACAUUAUAUUUUUUUUUUUUAAUUCCCUUAUCUAAGUCGAAGGGGAGGGAAUAUAAAAUUAAGGUUUGUGGUGUAACUAGCCUUUACGAUAGGCCACGUGGGGCUGCUCUUGUGUAGUUAACAAAAGUGUGUUUGCCUCUUUUGUCAAUCUAUCAAGAAAUGCAAUAUUUAGCUGCGCAAAGUACUACACAAGAGCAGAAAAAUAGAAUGAUUUACCAGAUUUACCCUUAAUUAGCAAGCAGGCUAGAAUUUAUUGGUCUUAAUCUGCAGUAGUACUUCUUCCCAAUUAAAGCCAGGUUUCAAGAACAGUCAUAGUUCACCUUUCAGUUUCAUUUCUUCUUUAUUUGGGAGAUCUGGUUUUAUGAUUUCUCACAUCCUCUAUUUAACAACAAAAUCUAGGAAUCUAAUUGAUAGAGAUGGCUUAUGUUGCUGUGAUUUCUCUUAUACGAACUUUGGAGCAACUCGUUCAGCGAAAGCCACAUUUGGUAAGUGAUGAAACAAGAACAUUGAUGGACUCUCUCCUUGAUAGUCUUGAAUAUUUUCAAAACUUUGUUGAGAACACUAGCAAGGGAAGUAAAGAUUGUGGAAAGGUUGAAGAAUUGGAGAGAUUAAUUAGAAAAGCGGUGGAAGAAGCAGAAGAUGUGAUUGAACUAAAGAUAUAUGAAACAAUAAAAAGAGACGCAUUAUCCAAGAUUUUAUUAAGAACACUUGAUGCACUAAAGAGGGAGGUGAUGGGAUGCAGGUUUGGUAAAAAUAAUGUCCUUAAUGAAACAAUGGAAAAAAAGGCAUUACGCAAAACCUUGUCUCGACUUAUAGAAAAGAUUGAUGUUGUGAAGAGGAAUGUGAUGGAAAGUAAUUUUGGUACAAAUGAACUUCAAGGCUAUGGUGAUCCUACAAAUGAGGAACUGCAAACACGUGAUUCCUUGCUUGGUCAUUCAUCUAGACAAGUUGCAAAUCUGAAUCUAGAAAAUGUUGUUGUAGGUCUUGAGGACGAUUUGUUGAAAAUUAAGAGAAGAUUAACCGGGCCCCCUUCAACCCGAGAAAUUGUGUCUAUUUUAGGAAUGGGUGGUAUCGGCAAGACGACACUUGCUAAAAAAGCAUACGAUGAUCCUGAAAUCAGGCAUCGUUUUGACAUCCAUAUUUGGGUGACAGUAUCUCAAGAAUAUCGGGUUAGAGUUUUGUUGUUGGGUGUUGUUUCUUUUCUUUCUCAGCUGACAAAUAAGAUAAAAACAUCGACUGAUGAUGAAUUGAUGGAAGCGAUAUACAAAAAGUUAAAGGGUCGGAGGUAUCUUGUUGUCAUGGACGAUAUCUGGAGUAGUGAAGUCUGGGAACUUAUGACAAGAAUUUUUCCAGACGACAACUGUGGGAGUCGAAUUAUUUUGACUAGUAGGCUUAAAGAUCUCGCUAUGCAAGCUGACCCUAACAGCACUCCUCAUGAGAUGAGACUCUUCAAUUCAGAUGAAAGUUGGAAGUUACUUAAUGAAAAGGUGUUUGGGGUAGAACAUGUUUGUCCUCCUGAAUUAGAGGUUCUCGGGAGGCAAGUAGCACAAAAAUGCCAAGGACUACCUUUAGCUAUUCUAGUGGUUGCAGGGCAUCUCUCUAAAAUUGCUAGAACGCGAGAAAGUUGGAUAGAAGUUGCCAAAAGUGUAAGUAAGGUUGUUGCUAAUGAAUCAGAUAUAUGUCUAGGAGUGCUAGCUAUGAGUUACAAUUACUUACCUAAUCAUCUUAAACCAUGUUUCCUUUAUAUGGGAGUUUUCCGAGAAGAUAGUGAGGUUAACAUUGAGACAUUGAUCAACUUAUGGGUUUCUGAGGGUUUUCUAUUGGAAGAAUUUGUGGGAAAAGAUUGUUUGGAGGAUCUUGUUAGUAGGAAUCUGAUAAUGGUUAGAAAGCGGAGAUUUAAUGGCGAGGGGAAAACCUGUGGUGUCCAUGAUCUGAUUCGUGACUUGAUUUUAAGAGAAGCUGAGAAGGAGAAACUCCUGCAAGUUAUUCCUUCGGCAAGGAAGCUUCGUGUUCGUCGCUAUAGUAUCCAUUCAUAUGCUUAUGGCGCUGCUUUCCGGGACUCAUCAUUCACUCGAACAGUGCACUUCUUCCAUGGAUUAAGUCGAUUUCCUCUUUUGGAGCGCUUCAAACUGCUAAGAGUGUUGGCAAUCCAUAAUUGUUGCUUUCAAAAUUUUCCAGUUGUGAUAACAAAUUUAGUACAUCUCAGAUACCUUGAAUUAUACUGUGAAGAUAAUAUUCACAGGUUAGUGUCUGAGCUUUAUAAUCUGCAGACCUUGAUUUUUCAUCACCAACGAUUAUAUACGUCAAGAGUACCUGAGACAAUUUGGCAAAUAGAACAUUUAAGGCAUCUUCACGUGACUGACUUCUUUUCUUUCCCUAUUACGUCAAGAGAGGUAAAGCCUGGUUUCAAGCUACAAAAUCUGGAGCGACUUUCUUGUCUAUGUUUGUCCAGCUGUACUUCUGAAUUGUUUUCUGCUAUUCCAAAUCUUAAGAGGUUGAAAGUUCACGGAGAUUGGGAGGAAUGCGAGGGAAGGAAGAUGUCCCAGUACCUAAAUAGCCUUUCCUGCUUAAAAGAACUUGAAAUGUUGAAGUUCAAUGGCGACGGACUACAACUUCCCCGGAUCCCAAGUAAAUUCGCUUUGCCUGUAUGUCUGAAGAGGUUGACUUUAAGUUAUACUAGUUUACCAUGGGAAGACAUGGCAAACAUUGUAAUGUUGCCAAACCUCCAAGAGCUUAAGAUUAAAUACAAUGGAUUUGAUGGUGAUGUAUGGAAAUUAAAUGAUGAAGAAGUUUUCAAUCAACUUAAGUUUCUCCUAAUCAGCGCAAUAAAUCUGAAGCACUGGGAAGCUAGCAGUGUUAACUUCCCAAGGCUGGAACGCCUAGUUCUGAAAAGAUGCUACUACCUGGAGGAAAUCCCUCAAGACUUGGGGGAAAUUUGUACCUUGGCAUCAAUAGAGUUGCAUGAAUGCAGUAUUUCCGCUGCAAAAUCUGUGAAUGAAAUUCAAGAAGAGCAAGAGAGCAUGGGAAAUGAUUGCCUUAGUGUCAUCACUGAUAAUUGUCGCUGGGAUUGAAUGUUAAUUUGAAGAAAGCUGCUCGCGCUAGUCAAGAGAAAAUGGUGUGCGUGUAUAAUUUCGUUAUUGGUCUUCUUUCAUGGUUUGAUGUUUAAACAUGGUGUGCAUAAAUUUCCCCCUUAUAGAGGGCGGGAAAAACUCCAGUUUGAUGUUUAUUCUUUCAUGGUUAAUUUCAAGAACCCUUCCGUUUGCAGCUCAGAUUUUAUUAGUCUUCCCACUGGCAUAUAGUUCUUGUGCAGAAAACCUCAAGAAAUCUAAAGGCAAGAUUGAGUGAGGUAUUCAGUCUAAAGUAGACUAUGCUUAAUACUGUUCAUUGUUGCUGAAAAUUGGAACUUGUUUUAGGGUUUUGUGGAAUUCUGAUACUAGCCAUCUAUUUGUUA